ACAGUGUAUGCCAUCCAGCGGAUGUGCAUGUGACGCCUGCAUUUUACGUGCAAGAAGGAAAGGAAUAUAUAUUUCGUAAAUACAAUGGAAAAAGAACUCAGGAAAUCCCCUUGCCUGGUCUAAUGAUGCGGAAGGCCCCGGCCAUCUUGGCCGUGGUACUGGCGGUCCUCGCGACAGUCAGACUAGCAGAAACGGCAAAUGAAGAAAUGAGGAAAGAAAUAGAGAUCCCGGCGAACAAGUUAGCUGUAUGCAAAUAUCCGAACGCAGCCGACAUUGUCUUAGUGAUUGACAACAAUGGAUUGUCUGCCGAAUCCUUUGUCGCUAUCAAGAAGCUCCUCGGCAUGGUGACCUUGACCUAUGACCUUGGUGAAAGGUCAAUGCGGUUCAGUAUAAUGACCUUCACAAGCAAGGAGCAAAUCAAGGCGUUUGACCUCUGUACGCAUUGUAAAAAUGACCGCCUUUAUCGGGCGAUCAUGAAAAUUGAUUGGCAGAAACCAGAAAGUGCAGGGGGCCACUCUGGUUCAGCAAUGGAGUUUGCAAGGACGACCAUGUUCCGGGAUGCGAGGCCAAACGCCAGGAAAUUAGUAGUUCUCAUCGGGACAGAGCCCCCUUCAAGCCCAAAGGAAGCUAAGAAGUUAAACGAAGAGGUCGGCAAGCUAAAGGAAGAAGGGAUCGAUUUUGUCAUGGUCAUGAUAGGGGAGCACAUCUUUCAGAAGGAGAUGAAGAAGAUGAUACCUGCCCUGGACGAGGAGAGGUUCCACUAUCUACCUGGGCUGAAUGUUCCGGCAGGAGGAAAUAAAUUCGCAGAGAUCCUGUGCGAUCAUAUUGGGAGGGCCUGUGAACCAGGGAACCACCGAGUGAACGGCACCAAAUGCAUUGUGAACUGUAAGAUCCUUGGAAUGGUUCGAGAUGGAGAUACAUGUAAAGCUGAUACAGAUUCCUGCCCACCAGGAUUUGAGAAGGAGGAAGACACAUGUACUAUCAAUAAAUGUCCCCUACAUUACGAGAAGGAUAGCGUUACCGAGAAGUGUAUCCUGAAAACCCAAUGUCCGCCCGGCUACUCUAUAUCAAAAAAUGGCUGUGAUAGUCUCUGUCCCCCGGGAAUGAAGAGCUAUGAUGGUGGAUGCAAGGAUUUGCUAUUUGGUCUGAUCGCGAUGCCCCUCCAUUUCUUCCUCGUCUUCGACGCCUCCGCCAAUACCGGCCAGUCAGGCUUCGAAGAGUCAAAACUCUUCAUUGUCGGACUCCUAAAUCGCUUCGUCAUCGGCAAAGAAUCCGUGACCUUCACCUUAAUCUACAGCUCCGGAAGUGACGUCAGGAUAAUGGUGUUCGAUGGAACCGAAUCAACGGAUAGUUACGUCACUGCAGUGUUCAAUCUCCAAUAUAAAGGUGGUGAAUCUAAGUUACCAGAGUUACCCGAUUACGCGACAACCUUUCUGAAGACUGCUAACCCUCGUAUUCAGACAAACGUUCUGCUGAUCGGAAGUUUUUACGUCAAAGCCUCAGAUAAAGAUGACGUUCGUCACGGAAUUCAUGUCAUCAGAGACCUAAAGUGGGCAUACCUCUUUUUCAUUCCAUUCGGAGAAAAACUAAAUGUGUAUUGGUGGAAAAAGUCAAUCAAGCCUGAGCACAUCAUUCCGCUGUAUAACUUUCCGCCAGGUCGUGUGUACAGCAUCAUGCAUUCCUUGAUACAGUGGAUAAAUCUCCAUUUAUGUCCAAAGGGAACAGUGUGGAACAAAGAAAAGGGCUACUGUGCAAAAUGUGCGUCGUGUCCUCUUUUAACUACGACGCCGCUCCCAACAACUGAAGGUCCUACUCCUGAACCAUCAACUGCAACUCCACCCACGACACUACCUGCGAGUACCACCACAACAACAGCAGAGAUAAUAAUUGUACUCCCUACCACUACCCCUCCUACAAGCACUACUUCAAGCACUACUACGAGCACUACUACUCCAAAUACAACCACUGAGCGAGAUCUAAUUACGACCAAACCAGUGAUGCCAUCAACUACCCCUGAAAUAACUACACCAGCCACCACAUCGUCCAGUACAACAACAACAUCAAAACCGGACAUAUUUGUACCCCCAAAUACUAUCUCUACCAGUACUACCACAACUACAAAACCUACAGAUCAUACCCCUGUGAUUAUAAUCCCGCCUCCGACUACGACUAAAUUACCACCCACAACCACAAAUUCAAUCACAAAAACCACCACAACAAAAGAAACUAUCAUUUUUGUACCGCCAACGACUACCAGUACUACCACAACUCCGAAACCUACACCACAUUCAGUAUUGACAACUCCAAGCACAAGCACCACCACAACAAAAGAAACUAUUGUGUUUGUACCGCCAACGACUACCCCAUCUACCAGUACUACCACAACUCCGAAACUUCCAAUCAUCAUUAUUCCGCCAACGACUACCCCAUCUACCAGUGCUACCACAACUCCGAAACCUCCAAUCAUCGUUAUUCCGCCAACGACUACCCCAUCUACCAGUACUACCACAACUCCGAAACCUCCAAUCAUCAUUAUUCCGCCAACGACUACCCCAUCUACCAGUGCUACCACAACUCCGAAACUUCCAAUCAUCAUUAUUCCGCCAACGACUACCCCAUCUACCAGUACUACCACAACUCCGAAACCUCCAAUCAUCAUUGUACCGCCAACGACUACCCCAUCUACCAGUACUACCACCCAAUCUACCAGUACUACCACAACUCCGAAACCUCCAAUCAUCAUUAUUCCGCCAACGACUACCCCAUCUACCAGUACUACCACAACUCCGAAACCUCCAAUCAUCAUUAUUCCGCCAACGACUACCCCAUCUACCAGUACUACCACAACUCCGAAACCUCCAAUCAUCAUUAUUCCGCCAACGACUACCCCAUCUACCAGUACUACCACAACUCCGAAACCUCCAAUCAUCAUUGUUCCGCCAACGACUACCCCAUCUACCAGUACUACAACAACUCCAAAACCUCCAAUCAUCAUUGUUCCGCCCACGACUACCCCAUCUACCAGUGCUACAACACUAAAACCUCCGAUCAUAUUCGUUCCACCGACUACCACUCCACAAAGACCAAUGAUCACUACAACAUCCCCAAUAUCAACCACACAAACUCCUCUCUGUGAUCCAUGCACACCUUCUCAAGCUGCAUGUUCGAAAGCAAAAGCAGUUGACCUCGUCAUACUAGUUGAUGCCUCGACAGACAUGGGAAAGACACGACUACAAAGCGUAAAGAAGUUCAUGAAGAAGUUUAUAUCCAAACGCCCCAGCGGUCGCCUGGAACCGCGGUUCUCAAUUCUCACGUAUGGUAGCAGGUCAAGACCAAAUGCAUGGUUUAAGCAAUGUAUCAAGAUCAAGAAGUGUGUCCAAAUUGCUGAGAAGAGGGUCAAACCUGCGAGUGGCAAACCAAAGUUGGGGGAAGCCAUCAAGUAUUCUUUGAAGUAUGCGUUCCAAAUGAGGCGACGCAUGCGCAAAGGGACGAGACGCGGAAUCAUCGUCAUCAGCAGUGGGAAAACCUAUGAUUUGAAGUGGACGAAAGCACAGGCAGGAAAGGCAGAGAGAUUGAAGAAAAAUGUCUUUUUCUUGGGUGUUGGCGACAAGAUGGAUAAGAAAAUGAUUGACAGUAUUGCGCCCGGGAAGCGACAGUUUAAGCUUUCCGCAGCUAAGUUAUUGAAGUCGAAGAAAGUCAUGAAGUGGUUGGAAGGAAUUUAUAUUGGUUGUAAUAUUGGCAAAGCGCCAACAGCGCCACCAAGACCAGAGUGUAAACUAUGGGAAGAAUGGCAUGCCCGACUACACAAAUGCGUGGAGAAACAGUGCCAUUGCAGGGGUGAGGGUGACCCUCACUACCACCGUUACGACGGAAGCCUCUUGAACUUCAUGGGAAUUUGCAAAUACGUUUUCUCUAAGUCGACCAACACGAAGGAUACGUGUGCCUUCAGCGUUGAGGUGAAGAAUGAGCACCGUAAGGGCUGGGGCCUUGUGGCCUGGACCCGCUUGGUCGACUUCAAGAUGGGAGGCUAUGCGAUCAGACUUCAUAAGGACAUGAGAACAUUCAAAAAUGGCCAAUUGGUAAACCUUCCAUUUGCCAUCAAGACCAAAGGAGGCCAUAUCAUAUCUGUCUGGAAGGCGGGCCCAGGCAUCAGGGUGGAUGUCCCCUCCUGCACCAUUCAUCUCACUUUCUCCCUUGGACACGCCGUGACCCUCACAACGGGCUUCAAGCGAUACGGCGGCAAGGGCAAGCUGACAGGGAUAUGUGGUGAAUGUGGCGUGUACUCCUAUGGAUCAGGAGGGUCACACGGGAAAUCCUCCAAAGACCAUCACCUGGAUCCAAAUAGCUUCAGUGUACCUGAUGAUUCAGAUCUCCCACUCAAACAGUGUAAACGUGUAAAGGAACCAACAAUAAAAUGCAGCACCGCACAGAACAAGAUCAUUGCUAAUGAUGCGCACUGUGGACUGAUGAUGAACACAGAAGGCUUGUUCAAGGCAUGCAUAAAGAGCGGCAAGGUAAAGCACAAGAACAACUACCAGUCUUGCAAGAUGGAUGUCUGCGCCCAUUACAGUAAAGCCAAGGCAAGGAUGGAAGCAGUGUGUGCCAGUAUUGGAUCAUUUGCUACCGAGUGUCAGAAGUUUGACUUUGCACCUUCAAAACCUUGGAGGACGGCAAAGUUCUGUCCAAUGAAGUGUCCAACAAACUCGGACUACAAUCCAAAGAUGAAUCCUUGUCAGCCGAACUGCGUCAAGCAAACCUGCAAAGCCAAGGCGCCAGUUGAAGGAUGUCAGUGCAAAAAAGGAUAUCUUUUGAGCGGACAGGCCUGUGUGGCUAAAGCUAAAUGUGGAUGUUUGGAUGGCGGAGACUACCUGCUGGUUGGUGAAACUAGGACAGCCAAGGACUGCAAGAGGAGUAUGAAGUGUGUUAAAGCGGGAGGCAAAGUUAAGGUGUUGAAGCUGAAGCCCUGUGGGAAGAAUGCCAGCUGUACCGUAGGGAAAGGCGGCCACUACCAAUGCACGUGCAAGAAAGGUUACCACGGGAAUGGCAACAGUUGCAAAAAAGUAUCACAUGACACGGCAAAACCAACAGAUAAAGUGAUAUGUUCGACAGCAAAAGCAGUUGACCUCGUCUUACUUGUCGAUGCAUCAACCACCAUGGGAAAGGAAGGGCUAGAAUAUGUGAAGAAGUUCAUGAAGAAGUUUAUAUCCAAACGCCCCAGCGGUCGCCUGGAACCGCGGUUCUCAAUUCUCACGUAUGGUAGCAGGACAAGACCAAGUGCGUGGUUUAAGCAAUGUAUCAAGAUCAAGAAGUGUGUCCAAAUUGCUGAGAAGAGGGUCAAACCUGCGAGUGGCAAACCACAGUUGGGGGAAGCCAUCAAGUAUUCUUUGAAGUAUGCGUUCCAGAUGAGGCGACGCAUGCGCAAAGGGACGAGACGCGGAAUCAUCGUCAUCAGCAGUGGGAAAACCUAUGAUUUGAAGUGGACGAAAGCACAGGCAGGAAAGGCAGAGAGAUUGAAGAAAAAUGUCUUUUUCUUGGGUGUUGGCGACAAGAUGGAUAAGAAAAUGAUUGACAGUAUUGCGCCCGGGAAGCGACAGUUUAAGCUUUCCGCAGCUAAGUUAUUGAAGUCGAAGAAAGUCAUGAAGUGGUUAGAUGACAUAUACACUGGCUGUGAUAUUGGAAGUGCGCCAACUGCAGCACCAAAAAUGACGAACGGGAAACAGAAACCGAAAGAUAAAAAGAAAAAGAAAAAGAAAGGCAGCAAAUGUGUACCAAAAGCUGUUGAUAUUGUAGUAUUAGUGGACACAUCGAACUUCCUCGGGAAGAAGUCAUUGAAGAUCGUAAAAUCUUUUCUGAAGAAAGCUAUCAGCGGAAGCCCCAAUGGUGCCCUUGGACCUCAGUUCUCUAUUAUUCAAUACGAUAAAAGGACACGCGCAAAGGCGUGGUUCAAGCAGUGCAAAAACAAGGCAAGGUGUGCCAGUGUCGCUCAAAAGAAAAUUAAAUUCGGGGGAGGGCAAGCAGCAAUGGGAAAAGCCUUACGGUACGCCUUGAAAUACGCCUUCCAGACGUCCAGGAAGAUACGCACGGGAACAAGGCGGGCAAUCCUCGUCAUCAAUGGUGGGAAAUCUAAAGAUAGACUGAAAACAAUGGCGGCAGCUGACAAAGCCUUCAAAUUGAAAAGGCCUGUCUACUCCUUAACGAUCGGAGCUAAGCUGGAUCUGAAACUACUACAACACAUCUCUCCAGGGAAGCGACAGCUUGUAAUUCCAGCGGGCAAACUAUCCAAGUCGAAGAAAGUCAUGACUUGGCUGCAGACCAUUUAUACCGGAUGUAUCCCAUCUUAGAGUGUAAGAUCGUCAUCUCUGAUCCAAGCCAGAUUUGAAGCUGAAGGAUAUGAAAAACCGUUAGCUGGUGAAUUGAAGCUUGGAUGACUUCCCUACAUGUACGACGACAGAGACCAUAGAAUCAGUGUACAUGCCAUCAGCACUCGAUGAUGUAAUCACAGUCAGAAAUGCUCAAACAGUGCAAAGCAUUAUCAGAGAUAACUCGAAUAACAACAGGUUUCCAGUUACAGAUUAAAAACUGCUGCAAACCCGUUCAUCAAUAAAUCCCACUUACAUGUACUCUGUAUGGUAGUCGGACAUGGAAUAAAUAUGAUGUUGAUAUUUUAACAACAUUUGCAAUCAUAGCUUUUUCAGAGCAACACCAUCUAAAGUCUUCUUCGUCUGUUGAUUUUCCUUUUAUUCUUUGAAAGAGCACUGAGAGAGAGAAGGGAGGCCGUAA